UUGUGGGAACUCUUUUUCUUCUCGUGAAGAUCUAACAUGAGCGUCAGCUUGAUCGGUGCCUCCCUCGUGAGGCGCGCUCUGCGAAUUCGCCAGCGCCAAUUCUCGUCACUGGCGUCUGGAGCUGCGCAGCCAGAGAACGCUUCCUCGAGGAUUCUAGAGGAAGAUGUGAAAAAAUUCGAAGAAGAUGGUGCUGUUGUCUUGCGGAAGGCCAUCCCUUCGUCCUGGGUGGAACAACUUCGUGUUGCUGCUGACAAUAACAUGAAAAAUCCAGGUCCUUUGUGCGACGAACAUGUAAAGCCAGGAGAGCCAGGACGUUUCCAUGACGACCAAUUUCUGUGGCUUCGUCACAACACAAUGCGCUCGUUUAUUUUUGAGUCUCCUGUUGGUGAAAUAGCGAAGGGGAUGAUGAGGGGAAAGCUCGCGAGGCUCUUCUACGACCAGUUACUCGUGAAAGAACCUGGUACUCGGACCACCACACCUUGGCAUAACGAUCACUCGUAUUGGCAGCUUUCCGGUGACCAAGUUAUCUCCGUUUGGCUCGCUCUAGAUCCUGUCCCAGAAUCCUCCUGCGUCCAAUACGUAAAAGGCUCUCACAAGUGGAGACUUCUUCACAGGAUUGCUUCUUUCUCAGGUGAUGAAGACCGCUACAAGAGCGACAUGACAGAUUCCUUACCAGACAUUCCUAACAUUGACGAGAAGCUUGACGAGCUCACGCUUCUUAAAUGGGAUAUGGAGCCCGGAGACUGCCUCAUACACCACAGCUUUGCUGUCCACGGUGCUCCAGGGAUUGGAGAAGCCAGUGGAAGGCGACGGGGCUACGCCACUCGCUGGGUUGGCGAAAGCGUCAAGUUUGAUCCCCGGCCCGGUACGAUGCACUACGUGUGGCUCAAAGCUGGAAUAGAUGCCGCGCUCCAGCCGGGUGAGUCUAUGGAUUCACAUUUAUUUCCACACGUCUGCUAGUUACUCUAGCAGAUAUGUUCACUUCGAUGUAGCACGAAUGUGUGAUGAUCUCUUCUGAUUGUUUCACUAUCGUAGCUGUUUGUACGUUUCAUUUGCCGCAGCUCUUAGAGUACUGUCUCGAUUUGUAGCACGUUGCUCUUUGUGGUUGUCACGUUCUACUAUCACUGUCUAUCUAUCACUAUCAUUUAUAGUUGUAUUUACAUGAUCACACGAUCACAAGUA